AUGAACAGUGUAAUCCUUCAGUCUCUUCGCCUUUACUGUAAGGGACAGCAGGAUGAUUGGCCAGAACUUCUUCCUUCGAUUAUGAUGGCAUAUCGCAUGACUCUGCUACCCAGUCAACUCAACAUUCUCCUUUCUUCUUACUUUUUGGCCGUGAGAUUUCGUCUGCCUAUAGACACAGCCCUCACUCCCAAAACUACUCUUUCUGCUUCUUUCAAAACUCAUCUUUCCCAGAUUCUGCAUAACCUUGACAUUGCCAGGAAAAUAGCUGCAGAAAACAUUAAACUUGCACAGGACAAGUAUAAGGAACAAUAUGACAAGAGGUCUCAAGAACCAAAAUACAAGCCAGCUGACAGAGUUUGGUUGUUUUGCACAAAAGUUCCCCCAGGUAUGGCCCCUAAAUUACAUAAGAAAUGGGUUGGACCCUAUUACAUUGUGUUCACUGGUCCGCCAAACACAUACAAGCUGAGGCGCUGUAGUGACAACAAGGAAGUCAAAGUACUUGUUAACGCCACUCGCCUCAAGCCCUACCCUGACCUGAGUCCAGGCCAAAAAAAUCCACCUGAAGGGUAUGAACAUCUUGAAGAACCUUUGAGUGCAGAAGAUCUACCACAGAUGAUCACACACACACAGACACUAACCAAUUAA